AUGAAUUUCAGACUUCUCUUUGUAUUCUUGCUUGCUUUCGCCCUCGGUGCUCUUACAUAUACCCUAAUCAACUUGCACUACCUCGAUGUCGAUAUUGACAAAAUUGUGGAUAAACGACUCAACGUAUACACUCAAACGAUCAGCUGUGGACGUAACUCGCAAGAGAUCUACGAGUACUUUCCACAGUCAUCGUUUGUGAUAAACGAUAAUGCAACCUGCCCAUACCCAAAUACCAUCGACACCUAUGCAUUCAACAGCAGCAUGGAUAAUGAACUCAACUACAAAUACAAAUACGUCGACACGUUGAGACACUGCUUACAAUCCGACAAGAUGUUGUGUAUGGUCCUCGAAGACGAUAUCACUUUCCUCCACCGAAAUGCUUCAACGUGGCGUAAUAUUGCCAUCAACACCGUCUCGCUCUUUGCAAACGAGGAAUGUUUUUACGACUGCUCAUCGCGUGGUUUAUGGUUAAAGACCGGUAUCACUGGGAACAAGUCACUAUGUCGCAUCUUUACAAAGGAGCGUUUACCGGAUUUUAUACCCUGUUUAAUGCAAAAAGAUGAUCCUAUCGAUAUUGGGAUCGCUCGAUGUCAAGAAGCAAUCGGUAUUUGUCAAAAACGCUUUUUGCUUGUUCAGCAUACUGGCAUGUCCUCAACAUUGGGACACAAAUGA